CUAUUUCAAUGCCCCCACACUCUCAGGAGGAACAUCGAAAUCUACACUCACCAAACCAGUAGUUAGAGACAAGCAGAAGCAGGUAGAAUGAGCUUGACGCAGAUAUUGCUAGAAUGUACGGUAUGGAGUAAGUUAUUAAUAGCUUCCUGUGGCGUCUUACUAUCCUUCACAGAUGAAGCCCAUUGUUGUUGCGUUGCUCUUACUCCACACAUCGGCUUCCUCUUCUUCCACCUCUUCCUCUUCCCCUGGAGCUGCAGGCAUGUUGAAACCACUGUUUCAAUACAUAGAUGACCACCAAAAUCAGUUUGUUCAGGUGAGGGACGGGCACUUUUAUGACGUUCUACUUGGAGUUGGGACUCAUACCUACUCGCUGUUACUGAACUGUACAAUGACACAAAUAUACAUGUUUAUGUGCUGUAGCGAGGUGAAUAGAGAGAAACCGAAGCAAAGUAAUGAGAGAGAUAGAGAAUGGGGGGAGUGAGAGAGAGAGCGAGAGGGGGGGGGGGGGGGGGGGGGGGGAGAAAUGGGAAUGUGGUUUAACACUUUAAAGAUAAAUACUGUGGUAUCUGAUUAAGUCAUCAAAAUGAUUCUGAAUGUGGGUCAGUGGUGCUGUUGCAGUGUUCUCUGCAAAUAUUCCUGACCUAGACAGUCUAUGGCUGUGUCCAGUUAUUAUUAUACAAUCUAUGCUAUAUUCUGACCCUCUCCUGGUUGCUGCCUGACUCAGAGGCUGACGGAGUGGGUUGCUGUCCAGAGUAACUCAGGAGAUCACACAAAAUGGGGAGAAGUUGAAAGGAUCCUGAACAUGACAGCAGUGAGGAUCCAAGAGAUGGGAGGCAUAGUGGAGUUAGCAGAUGUAGGCACUCAUCAGGUAGGCUACAAUACACACUCAGUUUGUGUGAAAACACUCACCACCAGUCAUACGUAUUAUUCUCCAGAUAAUGUCAUACAAAUGGGAGUAAUAAUCUGUCUUAAAAUACCUUUUAAAAAGCAUGUACCUUUCCGGUCUAUCACACAAGCUGCCCAGUGGGGAGACUGUGCAGCUUCCACCAGUGAUACUGGCUGAGUUUGAGAGGGACCCAAAGAAAUCUACUCUCUGUAUCUAUGGCCAUGUGGAUGUCCAGCCAGCCAAGAUGGCGGACGGCUGGACCACUGACCCCUUCAAUCUAACAGAGAUCAGAGGUAUUGCUGCAUGUUACAUGCCAUGAAUGGAGGGGUUUGAUGUAGGUCCAAAACAAAAACAGGAGCUGGACAAAAAUAAAGUCAAUUUUGAGAAAACGUAAUGUUUUGCUGGGCCAAAAUGGGAUCUUUUUAACAAAUUAAAGUUUGAUUACUUAGAAAAAAGAGGAAAGUCCACUCACUGUUUUGCUGCUCCCAUAUGGCAUCUUUUAAUAAACCUUAGAUGACAUAAUCACAACCAGGUUGCCUGCCUGCCAUUCAUAGGCCAGCUUCAACUAGCUCAUGUACCCUGGUAUUACAAGUGUGAUAAUAUGAGGAUGGUGGUGGCUCAAGGUUUUGGUUCCCUAGGUAACCUGUAUGGGCGAGGGGCCACGGACAACAAAGGGCCGGUCCUGGCCUGGCUUCAUGCUGUGGAGUCCUACCAGGCCACAAAAAAGGUUAGGAUUUGCCCUGAAACAACACAGCUGAAAUCUGAAUCUGAAUCUUUAUGUUUCGCUAGCAGUCUCUAGUUAGUUUUCAGACAUUCUCUAACCCAUUCAGCGUUGCUUUACAUAGCAAUGGUUAUUAAAGGGUUUCUGUAAUCUAUGUAUCAUAACCUGAGUGUUUGGGGUAAUAUGUGAGUCUGAGUAUAAAACAAUUUAUGUGAUUGUAGUGGAUUGUAGUGGAGUCAAACAGUAUAUGAAUAAGAGAAGAGUGAUUUACUGGUAGGAUUGCCUGGAUCUAUUGAUUUCAGGAGAUACCAGUAAAUAUAAAACUCAUCAUUGAGGGUCUGGAGGAGGUGGGCUCAUACGGUCUGUUGGAGUUGACCAGGAAGAGAAACGACAGCUUCUUUGCAGAUGUGGACUUCAUAGUGAUCUCUGACAAUGUGUGGGCGACCAGAACCCCAGCCCUGACCUACGGAACCAGAGGGAGCAGCUAUUUCUUUGUGGAGGUGAUGAUAUAGCUCAUUUGAUUGGUCAAAUUAAAAUAUGACACACUCUACCAGGGUACCAUUUGUUCAGUAUCUUUCUCUGUUAUGUGUUUUAGGUUGAUGGCCCUAAACUGGACCUCCAUUCUGGAGUGUACGGGGGUUCUAUCCAGGAGCCCAUGUCAGAUCUGAUAGCCUUACUGGGUGAGAUACAGAGGCGUUUGACUGACAGCUCUUCCAAUCCUCAAGAAGAUAUAGGCUCUACUCUCUUGUCUGAUAGUAAAAAUUAACAUUUCAUUCCAUUAUAGUUCAGGUCAGAAGUCCCUGCACCAAGCAAGAAAUUAAGAUAACGUUGUAUAUGAGCUAAGGUGCUUACCCAAACUCAGUUCUAGUGAAAACAUGUUUGAUCCAAAAAUGUCUUCAUUAUUUCUUAUUCCUCCCAAGCAGGAAGUCUGUUGGACCACACAGGUAAGAUCUUAGUUCCUGGGGUCACUGAUGAUGUCGCGCCCCUCACUGAGGAUGAGAGGAAGCUCUAUGACAAUAUCAGCUUUGACCUGGAGGAGAUGAAGAGGGUGGCUGGGGUCAAACACUUCCUACAGGACACUAAGGUACUGGGUACUGGUGCAACCCUUUAGGAAUGACAGGUGCAACUGUGACUCAGGUUUGGCUUGGUUGAGAGGACUAGCCUAGCCCCAGGCUGUUUCUGCUGUCUUACCAAUUAUGGUCAUUGUCAUGCCAAACAUAACAACCAUUGGAGUUGGCUAUACUAAACUAAUCUGGGCGUGAGGAGGAAGACGUGUUUGGUCAGUGGAUACUGUAGAAGUCGCUGUUUGACAGAGGGUGAUUACUCUUUUUUGGAUACACACUAUCUGAGCUAUAUAACAUGAUACAAACAAACAGUGUUCAUUAAUAUGCAGGAGGAUGUCCUCAUGGCUCGAUGGCGCUACCCAUCCCUGUCCAUCCAUGGGAUCCAGGGGGCCUUCUCAGAUCCAGGCACCAAAACUGUCAUCCCCAAACAGGUCACAGGGAAGUUCUCCAUCCGACAGGUCCCCAACAUGGACCCUCCAGAUGUGGAAAGGAAGGUACAGAGUGUCUACCUGUCAUGGUUUGAAUUACAGGGGUACCAGGGUUGUUGGGACAGGAGCAUACCCACAACAAACACUUUAAGGAUCAAAAUACAAGCAUGGACACCCUCGUAACCCCUGUAACCAGUGAGUGAGUAGUAAGUGACUAUAAGUUGCUCUGGAUAAGAGCGUCUUCUAAAUGACCAAAAUGUAAAUAUAUUAGUCUCUGAGUAAGUGUACAGUAUAGAAACGGUGGCCCACUCGAUCUUGGUCACUCCAAGAGUCAAUGUGUAUAUUUAAAACCCUGAGACGAAUGCUUACUUAACCACCCUCUCCAAGCCUCCAUGCCCAACUCUCCCCUGUUACAAUGCCAUGUUUCACAGGUGAAGGAGCACCUUCAGCAGGUCUUCUCCACUCUAAACAGCCAUAACAGGCUGAGGGUGACUGCAACUGUUGGGGCUAAACCAUGGGUGGCUAACCUGAAGGACCCACAAUACAUUGCCGGACAAAGAGCGGUCAGAGAGGGUCAGUUGUAGAGGCCAUUUACAUAACCGCUCUCAUUUGAAACCAUGUCUAACUUUAUUGUUUAAGUUAAGACGUGGUUUACCCUUGUGUUAGUGUUUGGAGUGGACCCGGAGCUGAUCCGUGAGGGCUCCACCAUCCCUAUCGCUCAGAACUUCCAGGAGGAGACAGGCAAGAGUGUGAUGAUGCUGCCCAUAGGUGGCCAUGACGACGGAGAGCACUCUCAGAAUGAGAAGAUCAGCAGGUAAGAGGAGAUGAGAAAAAUAAGAGAUACGAUUCCAGACCUGUUUUCACCCCUAAAUUCGUUUUUUAGUUUGUACACUGCAAAUAAAUCAUGACAAACAUCAACACAGAUGUAGUUCAGCUCUUGUUCAGUAAAAUACUGAAUCCUGUUUUUCUCUCUCAGGUACAACUACAUUGAAGGGACGAAGCUGUUUGCGGCUUAUUUUUAUGAGCUCUCACUACUACAGUAG